UAGUACAUGCAGGAUGUCCUCUCCACUCAAAUCAAGGACAAUCCAGUCACUUCAUUCUCAGACUCACAGAUUCCUUGUUAAUUUCAGAAGCCAGUUCAAAAAUUUCUCUGCAGCCCUUCCAUGGGCUUUUUCUCUGUUUCCUUCCCUUCACACUCAACUCAGUUCACAUUUUCUCUGUCAUAUCCCAUGUUGGUGCAAGAUGCCCUGUGUAUAUGUCAAAACUUUAUCUUGUUUUCUUCCUAGUAACUCUUCCUAGUAACUCUGGGUCUUGUUAUCAGUUUCCUGAUCCACCUAGUUCCUCUCAGUAGUAAGGUUGUUCUUUGAGAACUCUCAUAUUUUGCACAGGCUGUUUUCCUGCUUAUACAUCUGUCAGCAUUAAAGAUUCCAGGUUGUCCAUGAAGGAGUUUUCAGAUACCUUAUUACACAUCAUUGUCCUAGUCACCACCACCUCCUUGCUACCAUUGAGUUUCCAGGAACAGCUUUGCCCACAUGUACGAUAAGUGGUGGUGGUAAUCUCUGUUGCUUUUUUUCCUUGCCUAGAAGAAGUGGCUGUAAGCUAGCAUCUUACCGUGUGUAGAUGGUACCUCAAGAAAACUGACACCCGGCAGGAUGUUUCUUCGGUUACUGUCAGAUGUCCGGUGGUGGACAGUCAGGCCCAGGUGGAAAAGCACAUCCAGCUUCCGGCACACCACUACAUCAUCUGCAGAGUCUUCCACCAUUUCCCUGCCAGCUCAGGCACAGGUGGUAAUCUGUGGUGGUGGAAUCAUGGGUACAUCUGUUGCAUACCACCUCUCCAAGCUAGGAUGGAAGGAUAUAAUCUUACUGGAGCAGGGCAGGCUGGCUGCCGGCUCCACUCGAUUCUGUGCUGGCAUCGUGAGCACAGUCAGGCACUUGUCCAUAGAGCUGAAGAUGGCUGACUAUUCAAACAAGCUGUAUCAGCAAUUAGAACAAGAGACAGGAAUCAAAACAGGUUACAUGAAGACAGGCUCGAUCUCACUGGCUCAGACUCAGGAUCGUCUGAUCUCCCUGAAGCGCAUUGCCUCGAGGCUCAGUGUCAUGGGGAUACCUUGUGAAAUCCUGGCUCCAAAGCAAGUGUCCCAACUGCACCCACUCAUCAACAUCCAUGACCUGGUGGGUGCUAUGUGGGUGCCCGAGGACGCAGUCGUAUCGUCCGCCGACGUGAGUCUAGCUCUGGCAAAUGCUGCCUCUCAGAAUGGUGUCCAGAUCCACGAACGGACAAGUGUCAGCCAUGUCAUGGUCCAAAAGGGUUGUGUGACUGGCGUGGAGACUGACAGAGGACAGAUUAAAUGCCAGUAUUUUGUCAACUGUGCUGGGCAGUGGGCCUAUGAGCUGGGUCUCUCCAAUGAGGAACCGGUCAGUAUCCCACUGCAUGCCUGUGAGCACUUUUACCUCCUGACCCGCCCCUUGAAGAAGCCAUUGGAGAGCAACACACCAACUAUUGUGGACCCUGAUGGCAGGAUCUAUAUCCGCAGUUGGCAAGGCGGCAUCCUCUCAGGGGGCUUUGAGAAGAACCCCAAGCCUCUCUUUACUGAGGGCCGGAACCAGUUGGAGAUUCAGAAUCUGCAUGAGGACUGGGAUCACUUUGAGCCUCUACUGAGUUCUCUUCUGCGGAGGAUGCCAGGGUUGGAGGCUCUGGAGAUCAUGCAGCUAGUGAACUGCCCAGAAUCCUUCACUCCUGACAUGCGGUGCGUCAUGGGAGAGUCGCCCACGGUACAGGGCUACUUCGUCUUGGCUGGAAUGAAUUCUGCUGGCACCUCUUUCGGGGGAGGAGCAGGCAAGUACCUGGCUGAGUGGAUGGUGAAUGGCUGCCCAUCAGAAAAUGUUUGGCCCCUGGACCUGAAGCGCUUUGGUGCCCUUCAAAGCAGUCGCACCUUCCUCCGUCACCGUGUCAUGGAAGUAAUGCCGCUGAUCUAUGAUCUGAAGGUUCCCCGUUGGGACUUCCAGACUGGCAGGCAGCUGCGUACUUCCCCGCUCUAUGAUCGCCUGGAUGCCCAGGGAGCCAGAUGGAUGGAGAAGCACGGAUUUGAGAGACCCAAGUACUUUGUCCCACCAGGGAAAGAUCUACUGGCAUUGGACCAGAGCAAGACCUUCUACAAACCAGAUUGGUUUGACAUUGUGGGGUCAGAGGUCAAGUGCUGUAAGGAGGCGGUGUGUGUAAUUGACAUGUCAUCUUUUACCAAGUUUGAAAUAAGCUCGACGGGGGAUCAGGCACUGGAGGUUCUGCAGUAUCUCUUCUCAAACGACCUGGAUGUGCCUGUUGGGCACAUUGUGCACACAGGCAUGCUUAAUGAAGAAGGAGGGUAUGAGAAUGACUGCAGCAUUGCACGAGUAAACAAGCGCAGCUUCUUCAUGAUUUCUCCUACUGAUCAGCAAAUCCACUGCUGGGCCUGGCUCAAAAAGCACAUGCCUAAUGACAGUAACUUACUCUUGGAGGAUGUGACCUGGAAAUACACUGCUCUCAAUCUGAUUGGUCCUCGUGCAGUGGACGUCCUAUCAGAAUUAUCCUAUGCCCCCAUGACUCCAGAACACUUCCCAUCUCUCUUCUGCAAGGAAAUGAGCGUGGGGUAUGCAAAUGGGAUCCGUGUGAUGAGCAUGACGCAUACAGGAGAACCUGGAUUCAUGCUCUACAUCCCUAUAGAGUAUGCUCUGCACGUGUACAAUGAGUUGAUGAGCGUUGGACAGAAGUAUGGGAUCCGGAACGCCGGCUACUAUGCGCUCCGCAGCUUACGCAUCGAAAAGUUCUUUGCGUUCUGGGGCCAGGAUCUGGACACUUUCACCACCCCCUUGGAAUGUGGACGUGAGUUCCGGGUGAAACUGGACAAGGGGACUGAUUUCAUUGGUCGGGAUGCACUGAUGCAGCAGAAGCAGGAGGGCGUGUGCAAGCGCUUCACCAUGUUCAUCCUGGAGGACCAUGAUACAGACCUUGAUCUCUGGCCCUGGUGGGGGGAGCCCAUUUACCGCAAUGGCCUCUACGUGGGCAAGACCACCAGUAGCGCCUAUAGCUACACCCUGGAACGCCACGUCUGCCUGGGCUUUGUGCAGCACUUUGACGAGGAAACCAGGGAAGCGCUGGUGGUGACACCUGACUUCAUCAACCGGGGCGAGUAUGAGAUUGACAUUGCUGGGCAGCGCUUCCAGGCCAAGGCCAAGCUCUACCCCUUCAGCUCGGUCUUCACACACCGCCGCCGCAAGGACGAGAUGGAACUGAGUGGGUACCAUGGGAAGUAGAACCACCUGCCCCCUCCCACCAUCCUCCUCGCCUUCCCCACCAUCUCCCUUAUUCUUCAGCGCCUGUGAUCCCGCCGCCUUCUCCCUCCUGCUCUUUCCAUUGUUAAACCUUUUGCUGCGUUGCACUUUGGACGUCAUAGAACUAACUUUUCAGACUUUUCCAACCCCUCACCUAGUCUCCCUCCCUUCCCGUGCCGUGCUCCCACAUCUCCCUUCUUCAGAGGCAGCAGCAUGGAGUUGAGUAUCCGUCGAAAGCCCAUGGUCCUCAAACCCUAGGUUGUGACUCAGUAGCUAUUGAGAGGGGUUCAGCUGAUGUCUCGAGGACUGUACCCUUCUGAUCCCCCUCCUGCCUAAGGCCUAGACCAGUCGGCUCUGGCUUCCUGUCUCCUGGCUAACCCCUUUAGUGUGACCUCACCUGCUGGUUGCAGGGGAGCAGGUACACCUGCAAUAAAGCACACAGCCAGCGUAGGGGGCUCCUUCUUGCCAGCCAGUUCCACAGGUCAGAGAUGCACAGGACAAUAGAAUGAUCAGCUACCUCACAGGCGCCAUGCGAGGCAUAACAACAGGCAGGUUUUGGUGGGUUCCACGCUAUUGCUGCCUUCCUCUCUCCUUCCCAGGAAGUGAGGUUUGAUCAUGAGGCUGUGGAAAUGACAGACAUAGGGCAGGUAAGUUUCCUGCUCUGUGUUGGCCCACUGAGAGGGAAUGAUUUUCUCUGCGUACGUGAAGAUCCCCACGUGCACUUCACUCCUACAAAAGGACAUUGUUUCUGUCUGUCCUUUCCUGCUCAGAGACAAUAUCCAUCUCCAGAAAGGGCCGAGACGUUCUAGACUCUUCACCAUUUCUGGCACUGCUGCAGUGCUGCUCUUGUUUCAGCUGCACGGUGUACAGUCUCCUCCUCCUGUGGAUUUUCCUCCUUUGUUGGCGUGAGCUCUCUGCUGGCUUACACGCCAAGCAUUGGAGUUUGGUAUGAGGUUGGUGUGUGUGUGUGUGUGUGUGUCUUGGAAAGUAGCACAGAGCAAGGGACGAAGUCUUGCAUUUUCAGCUGGCGAGGGCGGGCAGCAGCCUUGGGGCUGGAGUUUGGAGUUGAGGGCCCAAGUUUGGUUCCUUGAACUCUGGUGCUCUGGGCACUGCAGAGGCUCCUGGUAAGGAAGGCAGUGUGUAUCAGCUAUGCUUCCUGGCCCUGCCUUCUCAGCAGCUCUCGCAUUUCUGUCUUCUCCAUCUCAGUAAUGCCUUGGUUGAAGGUAGCGAUGCACUAUGCAAGGCCUGAGGUUAGAAGAGAAAGUGAGUAAGGAUCUCUGAAUUGUCUUGCCUCUGCAAAAUCUCUCCAUGCAGCCAUCAUAGACACUCCGGACUACUCUGAGGCUGACAACUCUGCAGUGAUUCCUAACAGGGUGGAAUGGGGAAGAAAGUGGAUGAAAAAUGAAAAAUUGUAUCCUGUGGGUUUGUCUCUCCAAAUCUUCCUCCUCCGUUUGUGAGCUGGAUCAGGGUAAUGCAUUUUCUCUUCCCUUAUUUUAAAAUUACCCAUUAAAAAAUCUCUGGUAACUUCUCCCUACACACACACUUUUGGUUCCCCACUCUGGGUUUCUCCCUCCCACUGGAGCCAGUGUCUUUCCAUCUAGCACUGACGUGUGUUCACUGAGCUGACUGAAUUGUUUGUGAGCCAGAAGCGAGAACUUCACCUUCACAGCCAGCUGAGGGGGUUUCUAGCACUUGCUGUUCCCAGCAUUGGGUGAGCAUCAGUAAUGUUACCUGUGAGCCCAGUGCUACUCGAGACCUGUCUGGCUUCCAUCCAGUCUUUGUCCUGCUGUGGUGGAAAGUGUUCGAGUCAAGCCGCCUCCUUGGUAGAUUUUAUUUUUCCUUGAUGCUGCUGAAAAAUAAUUUGACUUGGGCAGCUUGAGUGUUUUACAUAGCUGGAAUUGCAUACCUUAAGCCAGCCUUCAGCUGUCCUGUAGAGCUGGCCUAUGAAGAGUUGUCCUGUUCAGUUUCAGUGGUGCUAACUCUUUGAAGUGAGGAAUAACAGUGGUAACAGGUUCUGCGCAGGGGAGCACUCACCUGGGGCCUCUGUGCAAACAGUAAGCAUUUGCAGUGGGAUGACCACUAACAGGAGACAUGUUUUCAGAGCCAUUUGCUUGCUUGCUUUCCUAAGCCAAUUAAGUGUGCCUGUAGUGAUACGGUCAAAAAAAUUUCUUGCUAUAAACUUGUCAAACCUUAGCGACAAAAAACAGCCUCCAGAGCAUAGCUCUGGGAGCUCGUCUGGCUAGCCUAACUUUCAGCAGUGUCUCUGGCCACGGUUAGAAUAGUGGCAAUACUCUGGAUCGGAACUGGUUUCCUGCCCUGCUUCCCUUCACACUCCCAAUCUGUACUACUUGCCCUCCUCACUGUUUAGCUUGGACUCUGAGAGCGUACCAGCUUCCCUGAGGAACUGCCGGCCUGUGUCGGGCUAAUGGUUCUUUCUGGCCUUGAACUCUGUGAAUCUGAGCUUGCAGUCAGGCUCCAGAUGCUGCAGUUGGCUUAGCACGGACCCAGGGAUCCACCUGCAUGGAAUCAGUGGUGCGGUCUGGGCUCUGAACUAGACCGAGCAGUACAAGUGUGUAGUGCAGCAAUGGGCUUCUCUCCAAGUGGCGCCAACACGUACAUACAGCGAUAGCUGGGAACCACCACUUUUUCUGCUUUUCGCAUCACGACAGCAACCGGCUUCACACAGUGUAUUUGAAUAGGGACUUCUGCAUUGAAACAUAUUAGACUUGUGCUCUUAUUUAACAUCGCUGGUAGACAGAGGAGAGAGAUUUUAAAAAUGGUGGGGUGGGGGGUUACAUUAGAAAUUCAGGUUCUGUGUAGCCUGGAAGACUCUAAGGACGAGAGAACAAAUAAAAUCUUGGUAUCCCAGGAGACCAAAAGCUGUGCUGUUGAGAGAAGAAAGGAUUUUAGUCAGAUUGUUUAAAUCUGGUUCUGAGAGCACCUUUAACUCCAAUAAUGAAUAAACGUUUUAGAGUAAGGACUUAUCUGUUAAAGAUUCACCACCAUUUCUUCUGUCACUGAGAGCUUUCAGUAUACAUCCCAGCAAAACCAGACAGUGAAGGCUCGCAUUUGAGGUCAUGAAAUUGAAAAGAAUGUCAAUUUCACUGCUGGUAGGUGCAGUGCUGUGAAAUUGCGCCUAGAGAUGGGCUGCCAGUUGGGUUUGGGACCCGCUCUGAACUCUGCCAGGGUCUACCAGCCAUGAAAUUGACAUUCUUGUCAAUUUCAUGACUCCAGUUGUGAGUUCCUGUGGCUAACAGUGCACAACAGGGAUGUAAGGAAUGUGUGUCUACAUGGACACUGUGUUGCUCUAACUACACUAACAUAAGCCCUAUGCCUCUCAUGAAGGGGGAGAUAUGUCAGCGUAGCAAGCCACCUACUUUGGUUGAAGCAACAUUCUGGUGUAGACAGUGACCUAAUUAGGUCAGUUUGUCAACCAAACUGUAGUGUAGACUAACCCUUAGUGUAUAUGGAUGUCCCAGUGGAAGAGGAAAUUAUCAUUACAUGCCACCUGUUUCUGGAUAGUGUUUCUGCUAAACAUUGUAACAAGUUCACAGCAGGGUCUGGUGGGAAGAGCCACUAAUGGUACUUCUGCAGGAUCUGACUCCAGAGCUCCAUCAUGAGGCCACUUACAGAAGAUUGUGUUGCUCUUGGCUCACCUGGACUCCUUGUCAGGCCUCAGCAGGGCUGAGCUCCCACUCCAUUUUGCUGGGUUUCUGGUGAGUUCCCCUGUCACCUGGGCUAGGCUGCUCCUCUGCUCUUGGCUGGGUCCCUCUGGUCCCAGGCUGCUGCAGAGCAGUUGCUCCCCUGAAUCAAAUGGCUAUAUUGCUGUUGCUGCCGGCUUGUUUCCUUUCCUCUCAGACAGGCAGAGGAACUGCAUUGGUAGCAGUGUAGAAACUGGCUCAGUCAGAACAGUGGUUGCAGCUAGGAGAGAUUCCCGGGGCCAUAGCAGUGGCGAAGCACUUCCCAAGCUUUUCUGGCAAAUGAGUGCUUAUGAUGGAGGCAGACACCCUGGGAAAGGUCCUCGCUUUCUCAGACGGCUUGGUAAACAUUGUCAGGGUGGCGUGUAGCUUGUUAGCUUACCUGUGUGUUAAAUGUUGUCCCGCUGACACUGGUGGAAAUGUCUGUCCUAUCCUCCUCUUCCUCCUUCCAUGCACCAUCUGUCUCCCCUCUGGCUUAUUCCUCUUGGCCUUCAAGCUGUACCACUGUUUCCCCUGUCCUGAAGAAUCCCACCUCUGGCUCCAUUUCCUUCUGAUUACCCUGGCAUCUCCCCUUCAUCUGUAAUCUUCUCCAGGGGUCUGCUGGGUUCAAUCUUCUCUCCUACUGUUGCCUCUUCGACCCUUCCCUUGUGGGCUUCCAUUCUUUCCACUCCACUGAAUCUACCCCACAAAAGGAAACAUCAUAUGGAAAAAAUUCAUGGUCCCUUCAUAAUGCUUCUCUCCAUCCAUAACACACAUCUGUGUGGUUCGUGCUUCUGUGGACACUUCCUUCCCUAGGUUUUUAGGGUUAUUCCUUGGUGCACUGCAGAGCUGGCAGCUCUUUCAGAUUCCCUUUGGAGCCCUCUUCACUCCAGGACAUUAAGUUGAACAUGAAAAACUUGGUACAGUUCUAGUCCUGGGUGAGCACGGUCCAUGUUGCAUUUGGGGGCGGAAUACUUCCCAAGAUUGUUAGUGUCUUGGUGCUUUACAUUAAUUGUUUGUGCAUCAGCCAUGCAUACUGCUUGAUUGGUUACUGCGUAAUUACCCAUGCCGAGCAGACACGCCAUCGCUGGCUCUGCAGCAAACGCAGAAGGCAAGGGAGGUUGCCAGAGUGCUUCUGUUCCUCUUCCUUUGCUGCAAAGACUAAAACCGCACAGAAGUGGCGUGGGAACUGAAAUCAAUAGGGAAACACACAGAUACAGGAUUUCCCAUUUGAGCCGCUGGCGGCACUUGCAAGAGUGGAAUUGUGCUGUUAAGGGGAACAGAAAAACACCAUUGGAUCUGUCGUUAAAACGCAUCCACGGCAGUAGAACGUGUUUCAUGGCAGAGCCUUGUUGCUUUCCAGCUCUUGGAAAACAAAAUGACAUCUGAAUGCUGCAUUACAGUAGGGCUUAGGGUUUCAACACCAAGCCACGACAUUCAGCGAUCAAGGCUUUCAGAGCAUUGUGAAUUUCACCAUCUUGCUCUUUGUUUGUGCAGGCAACUUCUGGUUUCUUGAUUCCUGUAUAUUUAAAUACUUCACUUUAUUAUGUUACUGAUGCGUAGACUUGAAUUGGAGUUGCAAUGUAAAGUCUGCAGCAUUUAGAUCAGAGUUACUAUCUAAGAUUCACCCGAGAAGGUACAUUCAGGAAGGGAGAUCAGGAGGGUUUUGGAGAGACAUUCAUGGUUUUGUAUGAACAGCUUCCCGAUCAAAUGAUUAAGAAAACUGAUCUUGCCAUGUGUAUGUUUGAUGCCCACCUCGAGUACAAAUGCAGUGGUUCUCCAGGAGCUGCACGUACUCAUACAGCUUAGUUCUGUGUUAUAGCAUAGAAGGGACAGUCCCAGGCGCUUGCACCUCUAAGCGACAUGGUCAAGAUCCUCUUUGUGCUAUGAAAUGUUUUUAGUGUGGUGGGAGCCAACUAGAGCCCCUUGAACAGACCAAAGUCUGACUCUCUUGUCUUGAUUGCAGUAACACCUUUGACUCUACUAAAAGUCAAAGAGCCUAAAACUGACUGGCUCUGUAAGCUGUUCUUAUGGCUCCAGAGACACUUUAAUAGAGAUCUGGUUCCAUGCGAUUGUCUGAGGGAGUAAUGAUGCAAGCCCUGCAUGAGGGAGGCAAACUCCCGACAUUGAGGAUAGAUUGCUGUAGACUAGCUCCCAGGGAGGCCAUUUUCUCCUUUCCAUAGCAUGGGAUGGUUUGCUGGCAGCUCUCCCUCCAGAACAAGGUGUUUGCUAUCAGAUAUGCUAAUGGACUCUCCCAAACAACGGUCCGGUCCAGUCCGUGUGAAAUGUUUGUGUGUGAACUCCCUUGCCAGGUGAAGUUAUUGACUGGAUCAUCGGGUUUGCAAGUGGGCUGGCUGCUUUUUGCCUGCUCCUUACUGCCAGUGCUGGGGAAUGCUCUGUUACGGCCUGUGCUGGUACUCAGCACUGUUUCUCCGGGGUGCUGUGCUGGGCAGUGCUGAGAGGCACUUCUGCUCUCCUGGCCUCACUCCAGAGUUGCACCAAGCCUGACUGUUCUUUCCAGAGCAAACUGCCACCUCAGAGCUGCACCCAAUUAGACACUCUCCUUUGGAGGACUCUUAUGUUCAUUCUCAGCAGCACUUUGUUUCCCCAUCGAAAUGUCAUCCUUAACCAUCUUCUCCUCAAGAGUCAAAUGUAUAGGGCUGGGAGAGCAGUUUUAACACUUGCCAGCGAUUCUCCUGCAGACCUGGAGUUGGAGAGUUAAGCUGUGAAAACGUGUAUAAUCUCACCAUUUUCUAGUGCCUUACACUUAUGAAUGUUGUGUAAUGGAUGCAGGUAAUGCAGGACAAAGCCACAAUCCACCACGUUAACGUGAGGGCUCAGCCAUUACAACCCACCUCCUCUCCCCUUCCAAAGAGACUGUGUGUGUGCAGAUGGAUCAUUCCUAGGAGUACAAAUGCUUUGAACUCUCGGGAUGUAGAAAAUCUCAGUGCUACUGUACGCUGUUGAACCGCACUGCCUGCCUUUGUGGAGAGCAGCGGCCUCCCCUCUGACAGCAUUUAGAAUUAGAACAUGUUUGUGGAGACACACGAGCCCCUUUCGUAAUUGGAGCAGUUCUGGGAGACCGGACUGACUGCUCCAAAGUGCACAAGAAAAUGUGGCCAUGCUGUUCUCCAUGGAUGCUACAUGAUCUACUUUCUAUGCUGUAUUUCUAUCAUGCUGUGUUCAGUUACUGACUUCUCUCCUUGUUGGUUUAAAGGUUAUUAGGUUUGUAUAUCAAUAAAGAGACAUUUAAACUACU